ACUAAACCGAAGAUAAAUCCAUAUACAGUAAAAUAGCGGUUAGCGGUUAGCGUUAGCUUCCACUAAUUUCUUUAUUGGUUUAGCGGUUUAGCAUAUGCGAAGUUAAUAUUAUGGUCAGUGGAUCACCAGUUAGCGAAGCUAACUUUUUGGUUAGCGGUGCCCACCACUGCUGGACACACUGCCGCUUCCAACACGUUGCAGCGUCUACUCUGUGACUGUUGAGUAGUGUACUCCGUAGAGUGCCCAACGCUGUCUGCUACUCCAGCUGAGCAGUGGACUGUUUUAGGCUACUACUCAGAAGGCUGCACUGUAUCAACUGUGUUGCCUACUGUAGAAUGCUACGUACAACUCACAGGGGUACUUUGUAGGCCACUUACAGGGCACUCUGGCUACUCAGACGAAUGGCUGAGGAAAAGGAGGAGGAGGAGGAGGAGGAGGAGGAGGGUGGCCAGGAUGAAUGUGAGAGUGGCGGCACGCGUGUGGCAUGCGGCGGCCGGCCAGGCCAGUGUGGCUGUGUGCGGGUUGGCAGGUGGACACGGGCAGUGCGCACACUGCCGCGCCGCGCCGCGCCUCGCCACACAUGCAGCUGUUGGGGCAGGAGCCUGGCGGGGCUCGUGGCGGGGCCGCCCACACUGGUGCUCGUGGGCCUCGACUCGUCGGGCAAGACCACGGCGCUGCUGCGGCUCAAGUACGGCCACUACGUGAACACCGUGCCCACCGUCGGCUUCAACUGCGAAUGUUUGCGGGGCGGCGGUUGCUCCUGGGUGGCAUGGGACGUGGGCGGCGAUGAUCGCGUGCGAACCCUUUGGCGCGCCUACACGCGCGGCGCCGACGCGGUGCUGUUCGUGGUGGAUGCCAGCAGCGGCGAGGAGCGGCUGGAGGAGGCGCGCCACGAGUUGCACGUCCUGGUGCGCCGGCAAGCGGCACAGAGCGCCGCGCUGCGCCGCUCACGGCCGCCGCUGCUGGUGCUGGCCAACAAACAGGAUAUGCCGGGGGCCAGAACGCCCGCCGCCAUGGCUGACGCCCUCGGCCUGCACGACCUGCCGCCCGCCCAGCCCUGGGGCCUUGCACCCGCCUGUGCCGUCACCGGCGAGGGUCUGCCCGAGGCCAAUGACCUCCUGCGCCGCCUCCUCCUCAAGGCACGCCGGGCCUCGCUCUCACGGGGCUGACUUGCGGGUCACCCUAUGCUCCCCGCCGCCCCCACCUCCUUCAGUUUAUCCCUGCCCAGCCCCGCACCAAACCCCUGGACCCCCGAGGCGUGAGGCGAUGGAGCCCGAGUACUCGUAUGGGGACAGGCGGGGAACUACAGACAACUGAGUGCCACUGGUGGCUGACGUAUGUGAUAAUGUGUGUGUAUGUAUGUGUGUGUGUGUGUGUGUGUGUGUGUGUGUGUGUGUGUGUGUGUGUGUGAAGCGUGCAUGCAGUGUUUGAAGGGGUGUAUUUAUAAUAUUUAUUGUGCAAUAGCCAGAAACGUCACACAUACACAAGCACGUAGCCCGUACCCAGAGAUCCGUCACUUGUGAGUCGCUCAUCCGGGAAAAGUAAUAGUUGGCAAUCGUGAGACUAUUGUGUGAUCAGACCAUUACACACACACACACACACACACACACACACACACACACACACACACACACACACACACACACACACACACACACAUAUACACACAC